GGGUGGAAUAUAAUAUAAGAAAUACGAAGCUUACCUGUAGACCAAAAUUGAAUUUAUGCACGAGCAUAUGUUCUAAAAGCAGAGCAGUUAAAUUUACGGAGUUUCCUUCAUCAAACGAUAUAGCCACACCAACCCAAAAUGUAUGGAUUCGUUAAUUACGCUUUGGAGCUGCUUGUGCUGAAGAACUUCGGUGAAGAAAUAUGGGACCAAAUAAAAAAAAAAGCGAUGGUCAGCAUGGAAGGUCAGUUUUUGGUGCGACAAACAUAUGACGAUGAAAUCACCUACAAUCUCAUCGGCGCGGCGGUGGAAAUUUUACAUAUACCAGCCGAUGAUAUAUUGGAGCUCUUUGGUAAGACUUUUUUCGAGUUCUGCCAGGAUUCGGGUUAUGACAAAAUUUUGCAAGUGCUGGGCGCCACACCGCGCGACUUUUUGCAGAACUUAGAUGCUCUGCAUGACCAUCUGGGCACCCUUUACCCCGGAAUGAGGGCACCUUCAUUUCGUUGUACAGAAAAGGAUGGUUCACUAUUGUUGCACUACUACUCGGAACGUCCCGGUUUGGAGCACAUCGUAAUUGGUAUUGUUAAGGCGGUGGCAUCCAAACUGCAUGGUGUCGAGGUGGAAAUUGAGAUCGUCAAGCGGAAAGGUGAUCCCAUCGAUGAAGAAGACCGCACAGAUGUAUUUACGCAACAACAACAACAACAGCAGCAGCAGCAAUCAAGUAGCACAAUACCAACUGAAAAUCUACCAGAAGAGAAUAACAAUCACAAUAACACCAAUAAUAAUGCCAGCAAUAACAAUAACAACGAAAACGAUGCGGAUGACGACGAUGAUGUGGUGGUGUUAUCAGCCGCAGAUGUUAGCAAUAAAAAGCAAGCUCGUUGUCCUUUUGGCCGCACCAAAUCGCACUCGGCCUCGUCGAUGAGCAGCGGCAGCAAGCAAACGGAUAGUUUCGACAGCGACCCCGACAAACAGGAGCAGAAAUGUUUGCGUUUGCUCAAAAACAAGAGCGACGACAUCGAACGCUACGAUCAUGUGCAGUUUCUAAUACGUGAAAUCGGCACCAGCAGCAGCAAUGCCACGGCGUGUGCCGGCAACGCUACCACAACGGCCACCACGUCGCUGGCGUCGUCGGCGAGCGGGGACGAGCGCGCGAUAGCCACUUGCCGGGAGGAGGCCAAGGAGCCGCCGGAUGAGAUAGACUUUUUGUGUGAAGGUGAGGAAGAUUCAGAGUGCACAAGCACUAGCAAAGAGAUUGAUCUGCCGGAUGAAGUGUAUUUUAUAAGCGAAGCGCCGCUUAUCUCGCCCGCCACAUUCUGCAAGGUGUUCCCAUUCCACUUGAUGUUCGACCGCCAAAUGAAAAUUGUGCAGGCCGGCAAAUCCGUUUCGCGCGUCAUUCCAAGAGUUGCGGUGGAAAACUGUUCCAUAUUGGAGGUACUCGAGGCCAUACGUCCGCAUUUACAGUUAAGCUUCGAAAACAUUUUGUCGCACAUCAACACCAUUUACGUACUGCAGACGCGUCAAGGCGCGAUGGGCAAGCAUGAACGCUACCUGAGGUUAAAGGGUCAAAUGAUGUACAUACCAGAGUCCGAUCGCAUACUCUUCCAGUGCUAUCCCAGCGUCAUGAAUUUGGAUGAUUUGACAAAAAAGGGUCUCUACAUUUCCGAUGUCCCGCUACACGACGCCACCAGAGAUUUAGUGCUGCUCUCUGAAAAAUUCGAGGCUGAGUAUAAAUUGACAAAGAAUCUGGAGCUGCUUACCGAUAAGCUGCAACAAACCUACAGAGAUUUGGAAAGCGAAAAGCAGAAAACAGACAGACUGCUCUACUCGGUUCUACCCAAAUCGGUGGCCAAUGAGCUGCGGCACCAACGCCCCGUGCUACCUAAACGUUAUGAUUCGGUGACGCUGAUGUUCUCUGGCAUCGUGGGUUUUGGUAAAUACUGCGCUGAGAAUACCGACGCUGAGGGUGCUAUGAAAAUCGUCAAAAUGCUGAAUGAAUUGUACACGGUCUUCGAUGCGUUAACCGAUUCGAAGAGAAAUCCAAACGUUUACAAGGUGGAGACUGUUGGCGACAAGUAUAUGGCUGUGUCGGGCUUACCCGAUCACUGUGAGGACCAUGCCAAAUGCAUCGCCCGAUUGGCCCUGGACAUGAUGGAUAUGGCAAAUAAUGUGAAAAUGGGCUCCAGUCCUGUGCAAGUGACAAUUGGCAUUCAUUCGGGCGAGGUGGUGACCGGCGUUAUCGGCAAUCGUGUGCCACGCUACUGUCUCUUCGGCAACACGGUCAACCUGACAAGCCGCACAGAGACCACGGGUGUGCCGGGACGCAUCAACGUCAGCGAGGAAACUUAUCGGUGA